GUUGGUUUCUCUCUUGUUAACAGUCAUUGCCUUAAUUUUUCAGUUUUAUUUUUAUAUAAAAAUAAAUAAAUUAUUGUAACUUGUAAGCAACCAAAAGUGGGUCUCAUGUCCUUUUUUUUUUUUGUCUCCACACUGAAAAAAUGAAUUACAGUCAACUACGAUCUUCGAACCCACUCGCACUUCACCUGCUAUGUAUGAGAUAGUCGCAUCGUUUCUUCUUCUUCUUCUUCUUCUUCUUCUUCAGUGCAAUGACGUUUCUCAACAAAGCUCACUCUCCUUUUCUCAUGGAUUUCUGUUUCCAAGGAGGCAACCCAAAGUAAUGUUGAAAAACCAAUUUGGCUUGAGGCUCUUUUGAGAGAAAAUUAUUUUGGCUCAUGUUCUACUCAUCAAAUUCGUAGGAAUGAGCUGAAAAAGUAUUGUACAGAUUGCAAUAUGGUAUGCUGCCAAUAUUGUAUAUCAUCUGGUGUUCAUCGCCACCACAAAAUACUGAAAAUAUAUAGACAUAUUUACAAGGAUGUUGUUGCUCUGAGUGCUAUGGAAAAAUAUUUUGAUUGCUCAGAAGUUCAGACUUACAAAAGCAACAGGAAAGUGGUUAUUUCUUUGAAGCCUCGCCAGUUCAGUGAGAUAGCAUCAAAUGCUGAAGACUCCUGUGAAGUUUGCAACAAAAAGUUGAAUGAACCUGAUUUAUAUCGCUACUGCGCCCUUUCUUGCAAGGUUGAAGCAGUUUCAAAAAAGUCAGAGUCUGAGGAUCCAGUUAGCACAACACCACUUGAGUCCUCCUCAGGACCUUCAAUCCAGGGUCCUCCUCAGCAUCAGGAAACACAGGAGGGAACUUCUGGACCUUCUUUGGGAAAAAGGAAAAGAAAGGGAAUACCUCAUAGAUCUCCCUUCUUUUAAAGGCUCAAGUGGGUUACAAAUACUACGAUAGUUUGAAUUAAUUGAAAUAAAGUACUUAAUGAAGUUCAUAUACUCAAGAGAUUAAAUCUACUAUUCAUCUUGUAAUAAAAGUUUAGAAUUAUUUUGGAUUUUGUUAUUGAGUUAUACCUCCUUAUUUUCAUAUGGCAUUAUAUCAUGAUGUUUUGUAUCA